AUGGCUAUUGUUUCUACUGAUGUUGACAUUGAAGAAUCCUGUCGGUUUUCCCCACCUGUAUACCAGUACCUCUCUGUACAGCGUUGGCAUCCUGUUGAGACUACUUGGAAGCGACGGCGUCGGAGAAAACGUGGAAAGCGGGGUGGUUUCGCUGUUCGAUUGAAGUCUAUUGUGCGGUCCUCAGCGGAGUGUGUUGGUCCUGUGUUAGCCUGUGAGCGCCGCUUUGUCAGUGACUUUGCAUGGUCUUUUCCCUCUCAUCGGUGGCUUCGACCCGUUGUAGGAUCCUCCUCGAUCGACAUCAUCUCUCCCAGUUUCCGACGUCGUGGGGUGAACCAGUGCAACCUACGCUUGCCAACUCGAAAAACACAGUUGGAGGUAGCUGCACCUUUCAUCAGACUUCUUUCUCUCUGUUCCGGUGAGUGGUGCUACCAGAGCCAGUUCUCAUCCAAUCACACAUGUAAAGAGCCUUCUAACUGGUACCAACUUUAUCCAAUGUGCGGAGGCCAGAGUCAGUCACCCAUCAACAUUGACACACGCAAAGCAAAAUAUGAGUCUAAACUGACCAGCUUCAUUUUCGAAGGUCAUAAGGAUGCCAUCAAUAUCUCAGUGGAAAAUCAUGAACACUCAGUUCACUUCUCACUUCCUUCAUCUGUGAGGGUCCAUGGCGGUGGUCUUACAGCCACAUACAAAGCCGUUCAAUUCCAUCUACACUGGGGUGACGACAAGGAGCCGGGAUCAGAGCACACCGUGAAUGGGAGACGCUAUCCUGUGGAGCUCCACAUUGUUCACAUUAAAGAGCAGUACAGCACCAUGAAGGAAGCGAAGAAUGACUCAACAGGGGUUGCAGUCCUUGCCUUCUUUUUUGAGUUGUCUUCAGAGCAGAACAAACACCUUGAUAAAGUUAUAGAGGCUUUAGGAAGAGUUCGAUAUGAAGGGAACCACAGUGCAAUAGUAGGAUUUAGACUGGCUGACAUCGUCCCGGAACCCGGUAAGCUGGGUUACUAUCGAUACUCGGGCUCUUUGACCACACCUGGGUGUGACCAGAUCGUCGUGUGGACUGUGUUCAAUCAAACCCUGCACAUUUCCCAAAAACAGCUGGCAUCAUUGACUCAACAGGUGAUAUUCGAGACAGGUAAACCCGUGACUGGAAUAUUCCGUCCCUUGCAGAAUCUGAAUGAACGAACAGUGUACACGUCUAUGAAAAAUCACGGCGUGUGUGUCCUGCCAGGUCUAAUCACCCUUUUCCUCUGCUUCUUUUGUGCUUUUGGACAACAAAGGUGUUUUUACUAAAUGUUAAAGAAACACAAUGAGUAUAUUUAAACUGUUUGUGCUAAUACAGCAUGUUCUGUGUAACACUAUUUUAUUGAAAGAACACUGAGGAACAAACAACAGCUGAACAGUAUGUUGGAAUGGGGAUAUCAAAUAGUGAGGUCAACAUAAAUUUGAAAUGAUUUUUACUUUCGUAAAGGUGUAAUGUGGGACUUUUAGCGGCAUCUAGUGGUGAGAUUGUGAAUUGCAACCAACAGCUCAGUCCACCACAGGACAAACACGUCAUCAUCUGAGACAACAUAGUGACAAAAUGCGCUCUAUAGAGUAGUUUGUCCGUUUAGGGCUACACAUGACGGCAACUUCCAAGUAAGGGGACCCCUGGUGUAUGUAGAUAAAAACGUCUCAUUCUAACGUAAUAAAACAACACAGUUCAUUAUGUAAGGCCUUUCUACACCAUUGAUAAUAUAGUAAUGUAGAUUAUAUUGCAUUUCUGUCAAGAGAUCCUCCUUAAAGUCCCACAUUGCUCCUUUAAUGUAUGUUCUGGGUCUUGUAAAUAAUUAAUUAUUGUUCAUUAUAUUUAAAGGUGCACUGUGUAGAUUUUAGCAUCAGUCCACCACUAACAAAUGGCGUUGUCUGAGACAACAUAAGCUGGUUCCCAAUUCACCUAUGCUAUUAUU